AUGAUGAGUACUAGCAAAAAUGGGCUAGAAAAUGGCAAAUCAUUCCACAAGUUUUUCGAAUCAUGGCUCGUUAAACAGAAUCAAGACUUGGAUCAACUUGUACGUGCCUCAAAAGACAACAACAACAACAAGAACAACAAUGACAUGAUGUUGUCACCUUUAAUUCAUAGUGUGGUGAAACAUUAUGAAGAAUAUUAUAGAGAGAAAUCGCGAUACGCUAAUAGUGAUGUUUUAGGCAUGUUGCACCCCUCAUGGUUAAGUAAUCUUGAAGAUGCAUUUUUAUGGAUUGGUGGAUGGAGACCUAGUAUGGCUUUUCAUUUGUUAUAUUCAAAAUCAGGUAUACAACUUGAAGCUAAUCUUCAUGAGUUAAUUAGAGGAUUUAACACAAAAGAUUUAGGAAAUUUAAGUGGUAAUCAACUUGUAUUAAUUGAUGAGUUACAACAUAAGACAAUAAGUGAAGAAAGAAAGUUAAGUGAAAAUUUAGCUAAAGUUCAAGAAAGUUUAGCUGAUACAUCAAUGGUUGAGUUAUCACAUGUUGUGAGUGAAUUAAUGAGGGAUGAAUUAGUUGUUAAUGAUGAAGAGGAAAAAAUGGAGAAAAGUAUUAGUAAAAAAGAGGAAAGUUUAUUGGAUUUGUUGAAAAAAGCUGAUGAUUUAAGGUUAAGUACAAUUAAAGAGAUUUUAAGAAUUUUGACAUCAAUUCAAAGUGUUCAUUUCUUGAUUGCUGCUGCUGAACUUCAUUUGAGGAUUCAUGAAUGGGGUAAGAAGAAAGAUGCUGCUGUUUCUCAUCAUAAAUGGUCAUGUCAAACAAUAAACGAAGAGCCAAAUUCUGAGGGGACGUCUGUCAGAAAUUAG